GAGGACACGACUAACGCGUCAUUGGACAUCGUUUACCUACCCCCUGCCCUCAUUAUUGCAUCUUUUUUCCGCGAUGCGAGUCCUACGCGUCGUCUUGUUACUGGUCGCUUCUUUCUCAGUUACUGUCGAUGCAGCCUCAGAUGUCAAGCCCGCAUUACCUGACCUCUAUGAGGCUUCGGUAACGGAACUUCAGGCUGCUUUGGACGCAGGUCAUUUCACAAGUGUUGAGUUAGUGAAGGCAUACUUCUCUCGUAUCGACGAAGUGAACCUCAAGGGUCCUGAGCUGCGUGCAGUCCUUGAGACAAAUCCAUCCGCGCUCAGUCAAGCAGCAACUCUAGACAAAGAACGCAAGAAGUCUGGGAAACGAAGUCUGCUCCAUGGAAUCCCUGUUCUGCUCAAAGACAAUAUCGCGACUAUCGCGACUGAAGGCAUGAAUACAACAGCUGGAUCUUUCAGCUUGCUCGGCUCAGUUGUUCCGGACGACGCUGGUGUUGUGAAACGACUGCGCAAAGCUGGCGCGAUCAUCCUAGGGAAAGCGAAUUUGUCCGAAUUCGCUCAUUUCCGAGGCAACCUGGCAUCAGGCUGGUCAGGUCGCGGGGGUCAAUGCACCAAUGCCUACUUUCCUCACGCUGACCCUUGCGGGUCAUCCAGUGGGUCGGGCGUGGCUGCUUCAAUAGGACUCGCCGCAGUCACUUUGGGUUCAGAAACAGAUGGGAGUAUUACUUGUCCUUCGAGUAAUAAUAACCUAGUUGGCAUUAAGCCUACUGUUGGGUUGACUUCGAGAGCGGGGGUCGUACCCAUAUCCAAUCAUCAAGAUACUAUAGGCCCAAUGGUCCGCUCCGUUUCAGACGCAGCCAUAGUGCUAUCCAUAAUAGCUGGCCCAGAUCCAAACGACAAUUUCACCCUCGCUCAACCUACACCUGUCCCCGACUUCACACGCGCGCUCACAAAUCCAAACGCACUCCGAGGCAGGCGGAUUGGCGUCCCUCGAAGAGUGUUUUUGAAUGAUGGUGUCACAGGCAAUGACCCAUUUGUUAACGUGGCUUUUCAAGAAGCGUUAGAGACGAUCAAACGUUUGGGAGCAACUGUGGUUGAUCCUGCAGAUUUACCGAGUGCGGAUGAGAUCGUUGUGUCGGAUAACGAGACCUUUGUGUUGGAUGUGGACUUCAAGAUUCAGUUGAACGCGUAUUACGCUGCAUUGUUAAAGAAUCCGUCAGGCGUUCGUUCGCUUGCACAGCUCAUCCAAUUCAACGAUGACAAUCUUGCAUUGGAAGAACCUCCGCGUUUCGAGGACCAAUCUCAACUAAUUGAAUCCGAGGCAACUACAGGAAUGAACUCAACUUGUUUCGCGGCUCUUGCAUUUGACAAAGACCUUGGCGCUACUCGAGGCAUCGACGCUGCCCUCAAAGCACAUCAGCUCGAUGCCUUGGUAUUACCAGCACAAGGAUUCACAACUGUUCCCGCAGCCAUAGCCGGGUAUCCCAUCGUCACCGUCCCGCUCGGGUUUUACCCUUCCAAUGUGACGAUCGCUCUAGCAGGCCCGGAGACAGUAUAUCCCGCUCCAGGCGUACCUUUUGGCUUAUCAUUUCUUGGGACGGCGUUCAGCGAGAUGGAAUUGAUCAGUUUCGCGUUUGCAUACGAACAAAAGACUCAGACUAGGCUGAAGAGGAGGGCAUUUCUGGAGGCGAUUCCGAAGACACAGUUGAUUGAUGUCAUUGGGAAGUAACAUAUAUAGCGGGAUGCCAACGGGAGUCACUUGUGAGUAUAUUUUGAACGCUACCGGCUUAUCACUGCUCAGACUGGUGCUUGUGUUAAUGUGUCUCACGCAGGAUAACCCUCGGGUUGUAUUUCAUGUGGUGUAGCAGCUAUGUAUAUGUGCGCAGUCAAUCUGAAUACACCCGAAGAAUACUUGCGAUAGCACAAAUAAGUUUCAGACAAAGAUAUCUUAGGAUUGUCUAGAGAAUAUUUUCGAUGAAAAUAUUAUAAAAACAUUAAAGGAAGGCGCU